GCCACCUGAUUUAAGUCCGGUCGGUUUACUUUCGUUUCGCCAUUGUUGGCUUUUGUGUGGAUUAUGUUUCUAGUUUUUAGUAUCGAUACGAAAAUCAGCUUUAUGAUAUGUAACCUGCUGGAUACUUGUCAGAUUGAUAAUCUUAUUUACUUCAAUCAUCAUUGAUUCAAGUCUCUUUAGGUCGAUAUCUGUGCAGAAAUUCGCUUGUGUGAAGUUGACGCUAAUUUCGGUAUCUAAAUUUUUUUUUACAUCUAAACCACUACUUCUUAGUUCACGUUCUCCUCUAUACUUCUUAGAUCUAAUAGUAAGUUCAGUGAAUUAUGAUUUUGCUUCCACUGACUGCAGUCCCUGUUUCUUUAAAACUCCACCUGAAGUCUCAAACGGGCAUAUUUUUGAAACCAUUGCAGUUAUUUCUUUAUCCGACUUAUGGUUUACUAAAUUCUCGCCAAUGCAAUGAGCUCUGAAGCGAAUCUCGAUUCUUCUAAUUCCAUUAAAUCAGAACCUCAUGCUGCUAAGUCUCAUUCUUCAAAAAUUACUACCAACCAGCUGGAGUAUAUUAAAAAAGAAGUGGUUGGGCGACUAUUUAAAGAAAAGAUUGUAUGGCCGUUUACAAAACCAGUCGAUCACCAGCGGCUAAACCUUCCAGACUAUCCCAAAAUAAUAAAACACCCAAUGGACCUUGGGACGAUAAAACAGCGGCUAAAUUUAAAAUUUUAUCACUCCUCUUCAGAAUGUCUCGAUGAUCUUUUCACUAUGUUCCGAAAUUGUUAUAUAUUCAACAAGCCAGGUGAUGAUGUAGUUGCAAUGGCAAUGAAGCUUGAGCAGAUUGCUAGAGAACGCCUUAAAUUUAUGCCGACUCCUGAGACCGAAAUUUGUCCACAAAAAACCCCAAAGUCUAUCCGUCCUAUUGGCGCUCCUUUGCAGGUCCAUCCUGUCGAAACAAUUCAUACAGCUGCUUCAACCAACCAUACUGAAGGGUUAAAUGGCUCAGCUGUUUCUGUCGACCAGGCUACAUUACCUUUCAGGCCAUCAGUAACUUCUACAUCUACCAAAAAGGCUAGUAAAAAGAAAAGUGAUUCUACGAUAGACGAAUUACCGUCGACUCCCCAAUCAUAUGAUGAUCUAUCUCGCGACCGCCGUCAAAUCAAAAAGCCCAAGCGUGAAUAUGAAGAACGUAAUGUUGGCAAACGAUUGCGACUUUCCGAAGCACUGAAAGCUUGCAGUAAUAUUCUGAAGGAUAUUUCCUCUCAGAGAUAUCGGGAUCUCAAUCAUUUUUUCUUAAAACCAGUGGAUGUCGUAGCCCUCGGGCUUCAUGAUUACUACGAUGUUGUCAAAAAAGCAAUGGAUCUCAGCACCAUAAAAACAAAAUUAGAAAGUGGUCAGUACCAUACCAAAUACGAUUUCGCAGACGAUGUUCGACUGAUGUUUAAUAAUUGUUAUAAGUAUAAUGGUGAAGAUAGCGAAGUUGCUAGAGUGGGGAAACAACUUCAAGCUAUUUUUGAUGAAAAUUUCGCCAAAGUUCCGGAUGAUGAGUCAGAUCCUGCUGCCUCCCCUGAUGGUCGUCCUGUUGAUCAGAAUAUGUAUCAGCUAAUUCAAAACGCCAUCAAAGAGCAUCAGAAGUUAACCAAUCAGUUUCAGCGUUUCAGCGAGGAUUUGCAGAAAAGCACAGCUAACCUAAAUUCUAUCUUAUCAUCCUUAAGUAUGGCUGUCAGAAAAGCACCUAUUGGUCACAACACACCCCAUAUUAAUUCAUUACCCCCUACUCAAACUGGCCUUCCGACUGUUCCACGUCCUACUAUGAAUGAUAUAGAAGAUGUAAAUAUCACUAAGAGAGGCAGACAAUCUCAGUCGAAAACAAAAUACAGACAAUCAGGACUAUCUGCUGCAGCACCCGUUCUAAAUACACCAUGUGUUCCGGUUAGUAGUAACACAGUAAAUAUGAGUUCUACACAUUCCCAACCUAUACCUGUUCCUGGAUAUGCUACAGAUGAGGAGAUGUCCGAAAACAAUGUUCGUCCAAUGACUUACGAUGAGAAACGUCAAUUAAGUUUAGAUAUUAAUAAGCUUCCUGGUGAAAAAUUAGGUAGAGUUGUCCAAAUCAUCCAGCAACGUGAACCGUCGCACCGUGAUUGUAAUCCAGACGAAAUCGAAAUUGAUUUCGAAACGCUGCAACACACAACCUUGCGUGAAUUAGAGAAGUAUGUAAAAUCUGUUCUGCAAAAGACAAAAUCCGGGAGCCGGAAAUAUGUGAAGAAGGGGUUAAGUGGCGUCCCACCAGGCAAGACUCGUGAGGAAUGCAUGAAAGAAAAAACGGAAGAGCUGGAAAAUCGAUUGAGAGAAAUUGGAGGACUUCCUCAAGGUGCUCCUGGAUACCAUAAUGCACAUAAUCCGAAAAAGUCACAUGGUACUAAUCGUUUGAGCGCAUCAUCAUCCAGUUCAAGUGAUUCCGAGAGUACUUCAGACUCAAGUGAAUCUGAUUCUUCAGAUUCUAAAUCUUAUAAAGCAGCUUCAGACCACAAACAGUCGCAUGACCAGGUAUCUUCAACUGGCCUACAGAGUUGUUCGAAAUCGACUGUUUUUUUAUCCCCGAACUCAGGUGCUGUGACAAAUAAGACAUCGAUCAAUCAACCACCGACAUUUUCUGCACUUGACUCUGUUGCAAGUGGUCAUUGUAAUGAUGAUGUCGUUUAUGAAAAAUGUAUUGAACCAAAGACUGAACAAAAUGAAUCUUCAGAUACGGAAUCUGAACCAAACUCCCCUCACCAGCUACCUCAACCCGUGUGGGCCAUCUCAGGGUUUUCCAAAAAGCCAUCUUCUGAAGAUGGUACGUUAGGCAAACCCCUUCUUACAAGUAGCUGCACAGCUACAUCAGCUUCUGAGGUUUCUUCAACAGUUGUGGCUGCUAGAUUGGUUAAUGUAUUACCCGAUCCUGUUGAAGCAAACGACAUUUUGCUACCUAACUCUCAGCCCGGUAGAAACGAGGAAAAAGAAAAACAGGCCGCGGCUCUUCAAAUAAUGCGCGAAGCUCGCAGACAAUCUCAAUGGAGUUCUCGCGCGGCUGAAGAGAAGGCUAUUCGUGAACGCGAGGAGGCUGACAGACGACGUCAGGAAGAAGAACUUGCUUUAGAAGCUGAAAGGAGGAAAGAACAGGAAUUGCGCCGUAUUGAGGAGGAGAAGCGCCUUCUUGUCGAAGCUCGAAAGCGUGAUGACAUUGCAAAGCGUAAGGCCAUGAUCGGUGCACCAGAACGUAUAAAUGCUCAUGAAUUACUGACGGAAUUCGAGAAUUCAGUUGAUAUAUCUUGCAUUGAUGCAUGUUUUGCCAUGCGUCACUUCUAAAUCAAUGCUGUAUCAUCUACAAGAAUGUACUUUUCCAUCAUACCUCAUUUUCCGAAGCGUAAAAUAAUUUUUUUCUAGUUAAUAAAUUCACAGGAACUUCUAAUAACUAGUGUUUAUUCACUUUUUCAAGUUCUUUUGACUAAAUGGACGUGACGUUUUCUCUUUGUAAAUGUACAUAACCAGUUAGAUUUUUCAUUUUUGUCUUGAUUAAGAAUUAAUUUCUUCUGGUCAUUUGAUAUACUAACAUUUUUUUGUGCAUUCUGGAGGGGAAAAUUGUUACUAGUCGAUUUUAUUAUGAAAGGUACGAACUGGAGAAGUUAUCAACCAUGUUGCUAAAUAUAGAAAUUGAACUAGGACUGACCAAUUUGGAAUACUUUUUUAUCUAACUAAAUGAAAGGAGCUUGGUUGUAUUUUUUCUUGUUUCAAUGGAGUUAUUUAUGUUGAUGGUGUUAUUCAAGUUUGUUUCACCGUUGAUGUGGUUCUAUUGUUCAGAUUGUUAACUAGAUAUAAUGUAGUCUCCGAAAACUAGUUGUGUUUCUUCAGAAUUAACAGUUUAGGUAACAAAACGAUCUGCAAAUUAACUUGAAAACCGCUGGCAAGUGUGGUAGAGAUGUGCUAUUAUCAUAAUGGUGUCUUAAGUACAUUGAAGCAUUGAGUUAGAUGACGUUCUAUUAUCGUAAUAUUAGCAUUGGCCGUACUUCCGAUUGUGUCUUUAACAUCUUAGCACCGAACGGUACAAUACGAAACAAGUAAAGAACUUGAAUGAAUAAAUGAUUGAGAAUGGCAUUGAUAAUAUCAAUUUCGUACAAACACGAAAGCCUGGUACGGUCACUACUAAAAUGAUGUAACCAUCUUCAAAGUUGCGUUAUGGUCUCAACAAUUGCCUACGUAAACACGGCCUAAUUUAUGUCAAUUGAACUGAUAUAUUGAAUCCUAUUGUCUAAGGUAUUUUAUGCCAAAAAGCUGUAUAGCCUUAAUCACAAUAGACAUUUUUUUAAAGAAACACUACAUCAGAACUGGUUUAUAUGGAUCGGAAUGAUGGAUUCUCAAGAAGAAUAACACAACAAAGAUAAGUGAUCGAAAAAGUCAGUUUUCACUGUCACUGCGUUUAGAGCCUUACUAUUUUCACCAAGUAUAACAUGAUAUGAAUCUCAAGCAGAAAUUAUGACUGAUGUGGUGUUUACCUAACAUAAGAGUAAUUCAAAGAUGUAAAUACAUACAGAUCAUACGUCUCUAUAUCGGUGGAGAUUUUCUCAAGAAUAAAUAAUUGACAGAUCAACACAUCUACAUAUCUAAUCUUUGGACGAAAUAAUAUACUUCCUGGCGAUGGGCGAUCCGAAGUCAAUUAUAUCGAGCAUGCUAUAUUGAAUAUAAAUUCUCAGGGCCAUAAUUUUGGGUGAGAAAAUCAUCCACAAAACAUUCUUGUAUUUAAAUGAAUGCACGAUAGUCAAAAAUACUUUUAAGUUUUCUUAGCUUAUUUGUACUAGGAUCAAGCUUUCUUAUCUCAAGUAAUGGUUUUGUUGUGACAGCUUAAAUCAAUGAAUACAAAUAUUAGAUAGAAGGAAUGGGCCGAACUGUGUUCUCAGGGAACUUUCCAUAGAUUCCAACCAAAUAAUUCCCACUAGCCGAUUGAAUAAACGUUGUAGGAAAAUAAAUACUUAUGUACUAACAGUUCGACUAGAACAGUAUGUUUGCGUUACUUAUGUAAUUAACAGAUGAAUAGAUUCAAGAUGAUCAUAGUGUAAUGAAUAGUUCUUCACUUUACUCUUAUAAUUCUUAAGUGUCAUUGAGAAGGCUAUAUAUGAAUUUUGAUUCUUGUUCAUCGAUUCUGUGUAAUAACAUUAAUAGCCUGGCAGUUCUGAUUGACGUUUUCUAGAAAUUGUGAUUAGAAUCUUGAAUAAUACAUCAGAACUUUAUUCACCAUUCACACGCUUUCUUUAAUCUCAAUAGUCCAUAGCCUUAUAAACUUACUAAAUAAUAUUUUCGCAAUUAGCAGCUGAUUUAGUGUGGUGUUUGUAUGAACUAACGAUUCAUUUGUACUUGUUGAAUGCUUGA